UGUGGUAGUUUCCACUGCCUUAGCUGCAAACUAAACCAAUUUUCUUCGUCUGUGUAACAAACACUUCAACAAUCUACUCUAUACCCGAUUUACAAGAUGAGUUCAUUUAGCCAAAAUCCCUAUGUUUUAGUUCUGUUCCUCGUUCUCACUGUGUGGAUAUCCCGUGUAAUGUCUCGCGGGCUCAUUACAUCUGAGAGACAUGAGAAAUGGAUGGCACAAUAUGGUAAGGUUUACAAGGAUGCUGCAGAGAAGGAGAAACGUUUCCAAGUAUUCAAAAACAAUGUGCAGUUCAUUGAGUCAUUCAAUGCUGCUGGGGACAAACCUUUCAACCUUAGCAUUAACCAAUUUGCGGACCUUCAUGAUGAAGAAUUUAAGGCUUUACUAAUUAAUGUUCAGAAAAAGGCAAGUAGGGUGGAGACAGCAACAGAAACAUCGUUUAGGUAUGAGAAUGUAACUAAGAUUCCUUCUACCAUGGACUGGAGGAAAAGAGGUGCUGUCACUCCAAUCAAGGACCAAGGCUACACAUGUGGAAGUUGUUGGGCAUUUGCAACUGUGGCUACUGUCGAGAGUCUCCAUCAAAUAACUACAGGUGAAUUGGUGUCCCUAUCAGAGCAAGAACUAGUAGAUUGUGUUAGAGGUGACAGUGAAGGCUGCCGUGGUGGUUAUGUGGAAAAUGCCUUUGAAUUUAUUGCUAAUAAAGGUGGAAUAACAAGUGAAGCAUACUAUCCUUACAAAGGAAAAGAUAGAAGUUGUAAGGUUAAGAAGGAGACUCAUGGUGUGGCACGGAUUAUAGGGUAUGAGAGUGUUCCUUCUAAUAGUGAAAAGGCACUCCUAAAAGCUGUGGCAAAUCAACCAGUUUCAGUUUAUAUUGAUGCAGGAGCAAUUGCUUUCAAAUUUUACUCAAGUGGGAUUUUUGAAGCAAGAAAUUGUGGAACUCAUCUAGACCAUGCUGUUGCAGUUGUUGGUUAUGGUAAACUUCGUGAUGGUACAAAGUAUUGGCUAGUAAAAAAUUCAUGGAGCACUGCAUGGGGUGAGAAAGGGUACAUGAGGAUCAAGCGAGACAUACGUGCCAAGAAAGGCUUAUGUGGAAUUGCUUCAAAUGCCUCUUAUCCAAUCGCUUAAUAAGUGUUCUUGAUAAUUCAUAUAAAUCUGAAAAGGUCAUUAUAAUCGUAUAUAUGCACGCAUCUACCAAAAAAUAAAUAAUCGUAUAUGCACGCAUAGGUUGUGCUAGUACUAAAAUUGCGUGUAAACUUUUAUUUCAACCAUAUAUAAUGAGAAUAAGAUAUUGCUAGUAUGAAUAUUCUGAA